GGGCCUGGAGGAAGGAGGGCCCCACUGCUCAGCUGGGCCUUGGGGACAGCUGUGUAAGACCUAACCAGAACACAUAGGAGCUGCCUACAGUUGCCUGGCAAAGAGGCCCAACAACGUAGUAGGGAAAACUGCAGCAGGGGCAUAGCCCCAGAGACAGUUCAGUGCUGGACUAAAACUGGACUAUCUAGCAUGUGCAUGUAAGUUGUAUCUGGGGACGGUAAAGGAGUCUCUACUUUGACCCUGGGGGGCGUAGUUCUGCUGCCCAUCACUUUGAUAUUGGAGGAGAACAUCCUCCAAGGCCCACCGCCAGGAUAUGAGUGAGCAGGAGAGGGAUACAGAAGAGGAUGAGGGAGGGGAUGCCUCAGACACAGAGCCCAUGCUGCCCCGAGGGCCUACUGAGGACCACACCUCAACCUUGACAUGCCCAGGGUGGCCUGGCCUGGCCACCCGAGGCCUCAGCACCCUACUGCUGCCUGGUCAGGCCCUGGUUGGAUUCCUGUUCCAUCUGCUGCUACCUGGGACAGUUUUCCUGCUGGUGCUGCUGCCAGCUGCUGCGGUUGUCUACCUGGGAUUCCUGUGCCAUUCAAGGGUUCAUCCAACGCCUGGUCCAGGGUGCCGAGCUGUGCUCUCCGACCGCGGCUCCGCGGCGCUCAUCGUGUUCGGUUUCCUCUCGCUGCCGCUGCUCCUCGUGCUCGCCUCGGCCGCCCGCGCCCGCCUGCUCCGGAGACUCCGCCCUCUCCUGCCAACCCCUUCGGGGACCCCCGAACCCCGCGGUCCCCAGGGAUGCAGCGAAGGGGGUCUGGUGGGCCGCCGCCCUGACGAGAAGGAACAGCUUUGUGCCUGGGUCUCCCAGUACCCCCUUCCCAUGCACCCCAUAAAGAGGCAACAGCCGGGUCUCUGUGCGCAGUGCUCGGAAUCUCCAGGAGAUGGCACUGGAGUCCCUCUGGGCUGGGUUGGCUCUUCCCGCCUGCUCCCUCCCGAGCAGCACUUUCUUUGUAGCUAGCGCCUGCGAGGUGGUGCUCUGAGAACACAGCCCUCUUGGCCUCUGCUUGGAGCUGCCUGGGCUCUGCUCCCUCACGAAGCGCUGGCACUCCAUGCUCACCUGUGACCAGCAGCCAUUUCCAAUGCGCCAGAGGUGGUGCAGCCCGCCUUGCUGACAUCCAUGUCCCUAAAUGCCCUUGACCCUAGAAGCUCGUGGUCAGCAGCGCAGGCUAGCAGGGCUCAUCCUGUGACUCAAGGGUCAACUUGAGUCUAAGGUCAGCCCAGGACAGGACUCAGUUGGGUCCAGGGUCAAACCGUGACCAGGUCAGGUUUCUGUUUUUGUCUAGGUUUUGCCCGAGACUAGAGUCUGAGCUGAAUGGCUCAGCUUGAGCUCAGGGUCAGCUUGUGGCCAGGCUCAUAGGGUUAGCCCAUGGCUAGCAUCCAGAGCUCAGCCCUGUUCAGGGUCAGACAUCAGUUUGAUCCAGAACUGGGGCUCAACCUGUGACCAAAGUUCUUUCUUUUGAGAUAGGUAGCAAGCAGAGUAAAAGAUCAGUCUACUUUCUGGGUGAUUUUUAAGAUUUCUCUUUGUCUGGCAGUCUGCAGUUUUACUAACAUAUUUCUGUGUAUGGAUAAUUUUCUCUCUUCCCCUUCCUCUUCCCUCUUUCUCCUUCUCUUCCUCUUCCUUUUCCUAC